AUGGAAGUCCCAGCUCAGAGGGUGGGGGAGGGGAAUGUGUCUCUACUCUUACCCCGCCUUUGUCCAGCAGAUCUUCGAGACACGGCCUUGUUAACUCUGAAGUUUAAGUUUAAUCCACGGCUGGGCAUUGACAACCCCGUUCUCUCCCUGGCUGAAGACCAGGACCAUUCUGAUCCCUGGAACCUUCAAAGGCCUCGCUUCUGUCUGCUGAGCAAAGAGGAGGAGAAGAGUUUUGGGUUCCAUCUGCAGCAGCAACUGGGCAAGACUGACCACGUGGUGUGCAGGGUGGAUCCAGGCACCUCUGCCCAGCGUCAGGGUCUCCGGGAAGGAGACCGGAUCCUAGCAGUAAACAGUAACUUUGUGGCACAUGAGGACUAUGCGGUGGUAGUGCGCCACAUCCGGGCCAGCGGUCCCCGGGUAUUGCUGACAGUCUUGGCACAGCACGUGCACGAUGUGGUGCACACUCAGCAGGGGAGCGAUGGUUUCCUCUGUCCUACCCUAGGCUCAGGGGUCAGGCCCCGUUUGUGCCAUGUAGUAAAAGAUGAAGGUGGCUUUGGCUUCAGCGUCACCCAUGGAGCUCGGGGUCCUUUCUGGCUGGUGCUCACUGCAGGGGGAGCUGCUGAGAGGGCCGGAGUGCCUCCUGGGGCCCGGCUGCUAGAAGUGAAUGGGGUCUGUGUGGAGAAGUUCACUUCCAACCAGCUUAACAGGAAGCUUUGGCAGAGCGGAGAUCAGGUGACUCUGCUGGUGGCAGGGCUGGAUGUAGAGGAACAGUGUCACCAACUGGGAAUGCCUCUUGCUGCACCUCUGGCAGAGGGCUGGGCACUGCCCGCCAAGCCCCGGUGUCUAAACAUAGAGAAAGGGCCUCAAGGCUUUGGGUUCCUGCUCCGGGAGGAGAAGGGCCCAAAUGGCCACCUCGGGCAGUUCUUGUGGGAUGUGGAUCCAGGACUCCCGGCUGACAAGGCUGGGAUGAAGGCUGGAGACCGCCUGGUAGCUGUGGCUGGGGAAAGUGUGGACGGGCUGGGCCAUGAGGAAACGGUGUCGAGGAUCCGAGAACAGGGCUCUUGUGUCUCCCUCGUUGUUGUUGAUCCUGAGGCUGACCGCUUCUUCAGCAUGGUACGCCUGUCGCCCCUCCUCUUCUUGGAGAAUGCAGAGGUUGCUGCCUCUCCUCCGGCAGUUGACGCAGUUGAGCCUUCUGGCCUUGAGGACUCCCGUCAGUGCUUCCUGUACCCUGGGCCUGGAGGUGGCUAUGGAUUCAGACUUUGCUGUGUGGCCAGUGGGCCUUGUCUUUUCAUCUCCCAGGUGACCCCAGGAGGCUCAGCUGCCCGGGCAGGGCUGCAAAUAGGAGAUGCAGUUUUGGAGGUGAACGGCUAUCCUGUGGGUGAGGCCAGUGACCUGGAUAGGCUUCAGCAGCUGCCUGAGGCCGAGCCACCCCUCUGCCUGAAGCUGGCAGCUAGGAAUCCACAGGGUUUAGAAGCCUGGAUUUCCUCAGUGUCUGGAGAGGCCUGGACUCUGGCUUCCGAGUUGCUAUAGGAUACCCCUGCUUGGCAUAGACUUGAAUAGCGCCUCUCCUGCCCUUGCCCUGCACCCUGAGGUGGAGGGAGCCAGGAACGGUCUCACCAAGCUGGAAGUGGGAGCUGCAGGAUUCAGACACCACUGACCACAGGACUGCCAGGGGACUUGCCCUUCUCAUGAGCCCAACCUCCAGCAGAGGGGUGAAGACAGAGACCUCGGGCAGGCUCACUGGGAAGCCUGGGUCUCCACGAGGUGUUAUGUGGAAAAUUUGAGGAGCUUCAUCUGUGCCCCAAAUAUGAAGUUCUACCUA